UCGAGUAUCCGCGUUUUCUCAUUUGUUGUUUCUGGAACAAGGAAUUUCGGUUAAGUAACUACUACUACUGCAACUUUAUUUUAGGUGAGGGCAGAUGUGUUCUUUGUGACCCUAUUAGUUUCAGUUUGUCCUCUUUGAAAUAUACACUCUAAAUUUGCUAAGCAAUUUGAAACGUUUUCAACGUAACAAAAGCUUCUCAAUAUUGUUCAUUAAAUUAUCGGAGACGCUGCCACAAUGGCGUUGACUCGCGUUCCAUCUCCUCCACCUACACCGCAAUCUGAAGCAGCACAAUCUGUUGCUGAAAGCUGGUGUUAUACUCAAGUUAAGGUAAUCAAAUUUUCGUUUAUGUGGACAAUAAAUAAUUUUAGCUAUAGUCGAGAAGAAAUGGGUGAAGUUCUGAAAAGUUCAACCUUCUCAGCUGGUUCAAAUGAUAAAUUAAAAUGGUGCUUACGCGUAAAUCCAAAAGGCCUGGACGAAGAAAGUAAGGAUUAUUUGUCUCUUUAUCUAUUGCUUGUAUCGUGUAACAAAACAGAAGUUAGAGCAAAAUUUAAAUUUUCGAUCUUGAAUGCCCGUAAAGAAGAAACCAAGGCCAUGGAGAGUCAGAGAGCAUAUCGAUUCGUUCAAGGUAAAGAUUGGGGAUUUAAGAAAUUUAUUCGGCGAGAUUUUUUGCUUGAUGAAGCGAAUGGACUCCUUCCCGAUGAUAAGUUGACAUUAUAUUGUGAAGUAAGUGUGGUUGCUGAUUCAAUAAACAUAUCUGGUCAGAACAGUGCUAUCCAGUUCAAAGUUCCUGAAUGCCACUUGUCAGAUGACUUUGGCAAUCUGUUCGAGGGCCAGAAGUUUAGUGAUGUGGUCCUCAGUGUUAAUGGACGAGAAUUUGCAGCCCACAAAGCUAUUCUUGCUGCUAGAUCACCUGUAUUUUGUGCUAUGUUUGAGCAUGAAAUGGAAGAGAAGAAACAAAAUCGAGUUGAAAUUACUGAUAUGGAUCAUGAAGUUUUGAGAGAAAUGCUGCAUUAUAUUUACACUGGAAAAGUAUCCAAUAUUGAAAAUAUGGCCGAAGAUUUACUUGCUGCUGCAGAUAAGUAUGCACUUGAUCGACUUAAGGUAAUGUGCGAAGAGCAUAUAUGUGCCAAUCUGUCCGUUCUUACUGCCGCAGAAGUUCUUAUUUUAGCUGAUAUGCAUAGUGCUGAACAGUUAAAAGCUCACGUCAUAGAUUUCAUAAACAUGCAUGCUACUGAUGUUAUGGAAACACCUGGCUGGAAGGCCAUGAUCAAUUCACAUUCUCAUUUAGUGGCUGAAGCAUUUCGAGCCCUUGCUACCCAACAAAUACCAGCAAUUGGUCCACCUAGAAAACGAGUCAAACCUUAAAAAGUUCAAAUUGAACACUUUGCUAAUAUUGAUAUUACAAACUUUUUACUUUGGUUUCUGCUUUCCAUUUUUUGAUUUACAUUAAAUCAUUUGGCAUGGAGUUCCGAACUGUUAUACCUCUUGCUAUUUUCAUUAUGUGAACUAUUUUUUGGAAGAUGACAGUUUUUCUUGCUUUUGCUUGAUUAACUUUGGAAAGAAGUUUAUUUUUGGGUGUACUUUUCAUUUUUUGUUUAUUUCUAGAGUUAAUAAUUACAUAUUUUUUAAAAACUUGUGAUUAUUAUGGAGUGAAUUGUAUAUACUGCUUUUGCAAGAUCGAGCCUUGUGGCAGUUACUGCGGUAAUGUACAAUAUUUUUGUGCACUUGUUCUUGUAAAAUCAGUUCUUCUGUAUUUGCUAUUCAUCAGUAUUCAUAUUAUUUGUUGAACUAUAAAUGAUCUUUAAGAUACCUUCUAAUUUUUGCAUUAUAUCUUUAAACAUGUUUUAAGAUUAAUUGUAUUGUGUAUGCUAAGUGUUAAAAAAUGUAAUGGGAAAAUUUAAAUGUGCACUUUCUUGUGAUUUGUCCUAAAUGGUUAUGGUUCUUUUUAGUAGAUAUUGUACUCUCUAGGACUGACAUAAUUAGAUUUAUAUAUCAUAUUAAAAAUGUUCCUGUGUACUUUAUUUUUAUUUCUUGUGUAUGGGUUUCAAUUUGUCCAAAUCUCAUUUAGAUUUAGUUAAAUGUUUGUUCUUGAAUUGUGAUUUUGUGUUUUAAGACUUUAAAGAGACAAAAAAUUAUAAUGUAAUGUUAUGUUUUAUUUUUCCUCGACUUUCUGCCUUGUUAAUUGUAUAGAAGUUUCUCUAUAAAUAAACAAUUAUGAGAGAUUUUCUAUAUAUUUCUUGUAUUAUAUGUGUAUCUCCCGGUUUCUUUCCUUUUUUUAUAUACAUGAUUUCAAAACUUGCACUUUUUACUCGUGUAUAUGUACCUACUUUGUACAAAUUGAAAGUUUUGUGAUAUUGUUUCAACUGUAAUUGAAAAAUUACUUAUACAUAUUAUUCAAUGUAUUUUAUAAUAUUCUUAGAAAAGUGCACUGUUUAAACUUCCUGUGGCUUUAAAUACUUGGAUUAGUCUACUUCAUUUUCAAAUUGCUUUCCACUACUUAAAAGUAACAAAAAAAUAUUGGAAGGUAUAUUUUUAAUAAGGAAAAAUUGUUAUAUAACUGUUUAAAACGAGUUAUUUUUUAUGGAAUUGUUUUCUUUUUUACAGUUGUUAUGCUAAUUGUCAAAACAGUAGAUUAAUAGAAAUUCUUUUUAACUCUGAAAGAAAAAUAUAUUUGGUAGUUUUUCAUUGAUUAUUAAGGAUGAAAAUAUAAUUACAUUAUAUAGAUGACAUUAAAAGUUUUAAUCAACAGUCAUAAUUCAUGACUCGAGUGGGAAUAUUAAUCUGUCAAUUACAUUUUCAUAUUAAAUUUUCUUGUACUUUAAAAAUUGUAGAAUUAUAUUUCAAUAAUUCAAAAUAAAUUGCUUUAAUACAAUUGAAUCUUACUACAAAUAUUUUAUGAAUUAUAUGGAUAAUUCUUAUAGUUAGUCUACGAAAGUUUUCCUUUAGAUUAAAUUUGGUAGAAUUUAUUUUAAUAUUUAAAUCUGAUUUAUAGUUCUGAAAUUAAUAUCAUUUGUGCUUGUAAAUAAUCAUUUUCGAUGCCAGUAUAAAAUGGUAUUUUUCCUAUUUAAAAUGCUUCCUACAUUUAUGUUUUGUAACCUACUUUAAUUUUUUGUUAAAAUGUUGGUUUUAUAAUCAAAAUUUUGUUUUCUUUGUUUCUCACCACUUAUUUUAGUAAUGCACAUUUUUAUUUGUUUAAUUUUUUUUCAAAUGAUUGCUUAAAACCUCUUGCUCUUCAGAUUUAUGCAUUCACAUAUCCUUUCUUCUCUAUUGUAAUAAUUCCACUGUUUGACCGUACUGAAAAGUAAUUUUUUCUCAAAAUAUAUUACUAUAUGAAAUUCAUCUGAAAGUUAUUCAUAUCUUAAAUGAAACCACUCACUUUGGUUUCUUUUAUAUGCUUUAUAAAAAUGUACCUGUUCAUAUCUUAUUUAAGAAAAUGUCGUGAAUUUAUUAAUCUAGUAAGUAUUAGUUUAUGGGAAAGAUAUCAUUGGUGGAUCUUAUUUCAUUAAAAAGGCCUGGCAAUUUGUAUUUUUGGAAAUUAAUAAAAUAAUUUAUUCAAAUCA